CUGCAGCAGCUCAAAGAUCAGGCUCGUCCCCGUCAGCAUGGCUUAAGAAGUGUUUCACCGGACGGACGCGCGUCUGCGUGGAUGGACGCGUUUGGUUGCGUUCUAGGACCUCUGGAAACCUGGGAGGUGGUUUUACGCACACGCGCGAGCGCUUCCAGCCGGUCGCUGGAUGUCCGGAUUAAACGGUCUUGCGGGUUUUUCUGGAGGAUGCGAGACAUUUGAGUUGGAUGGAUGUCCUAAGCGCGUAGGUUUCCCGAGGAGUGGAGUAUUUUCACGGCUAGACUUGCAGCCCGCAUGGCUUUACCAAACUCAUCGGGGUCUCCCGACGCUGGGAAGCCCAACCCCAGCGUCAUAGACCUGGGGACGAUCAUCGUUGACUCGGACAUCAUCUUUGGAUUUACAAGUCACCUGCUGAAGAGAAAAACGAAGGUGGACGGAUGUCCCAGCGGGGAGUCUCCGGUGACCCCCAGGAAAAGGCUUCACUCCGCGGAGGACGCGCGGUGCAGCAGCCGGCCUCCUCCCGAGGGCGCGGGCUCCGUCUCCAUCCCCGAGCCGGAGGAGAAGGGGGGCGUCUGCCGGCAGUGUCAGAGGAGGGUGUCUGAGCUGAGGAAGCAGGCGGCCGCCCCGACAGACCACAACUCACCCAAGGACCCUGCGUAUGCAGCCUUCCUGCUGGAGCAGCUCCGGGCCUCUGUGGGCCACGACGCUGCUGUGGGCUGCUGCCAGGUGUGCUCCACCCCCCUGCACCAGCUCCGCCAGGAGGCCCUGCAGACGCUGCACGCCCCCGUCCCGGCGCCGCCGCCUCCUAGAGCCGCGGCGCCGCCCUCCAGCGCCCGUGGAGGAGGCGUGAGCCCCGGGGGGCACAGGGGCACGGGCUGGUGCCCGGGGGCCGUGGCCUCCUCAGGACCGCAGACCGGCGUCCAGGUGGCGGUGGCGGGAGGGCAGGUCUGUGGGUCGCUGGGCUCCGUCACCAUCCAAGCUCAGCAGUACCUGGAGGGAGUGUGGAGCAUCUCCAGGGUCAACAGCUUCCUCCCUCAGCCCAAAGCGGGUUUAAUGGGGGACGGAGACGGGGACGUCUCAGCCGCCGAGGCCUCGCUCACCGCCGUGACCACGGCCGCCGGCACCGGCAGCAGCCAGACGCUGUGUCGGCUGAGGAGCCUCCCGCCCGCCCCCCCCGCCUCCCACUCGGCGUCGUCCUCCGCUGCGGCCUCCUUCUUCAUCAGGGCCGCUCAGAAGCUGAACCUGUCCUCCAAGCGGAAGAAGCAGCCGCCGUCGCCGCUCCACCCGCAGGAGCCGUCCAUCUACGGCACCAACUUCAGCGGCGUCCUGCAGGCCUCGCCGCCGCCCGCGCCGCCAUGCCUGCUCCGAGCCGUGUCCAAAGUCAAGGAGAACCCGGGGAUAGGAAAGGUGAAGGUGAUGAUGCGCAUCUGUCCGUCUCUGGAGGCCGCCGACUCCUCCGAGUCCCAGUCCUUCCUGAAGGUGGACAGCAGGAAGAAGCAGCUGACCCUGUACGACCCCGCAUCCAGCCCACACUCGGGUUCGGCACACAGAAGGUCCGCGACGGUGGCCGUCCCAAAGAUAUUCGCUUUUGAUGCUGUUUUUACCCCGGAUGCCUCCCAAGCGGAGGUGUGCUCAGGGACGGUAGCAGAGGUGAUCCAGUCCGUGGUGAACGGCGCCGACGGCUGCAUCUUCUGCUUCGGCCAAGUCAGGCUGGGCAAGACAUACACCAUGAUUGGCAAGGACAGCUCCACUCAGAGCCUCGGAAUCGUGCCCUGUGCCAUUUCCUGGCUCUUCAAGCUCAUCAACGAGCGCAAGGAGAAGACGGGCACGCGCUUCUCGGUGCGCGUGUCGGCCGUGGAGAUCUUCGGGAAGGAUGAGGAGCUGAAGGACCUGCUGUCGGAGGUGUCGGCGGGCGGCCUGCAGGAGGGCCAGGCGCUGGGCAUCCACCUGAGGGAGGACCCCAUCUGCGGCACUCAGCUGCAGAACCAGAGCGAGCUUCGAGCCCCGACCGCUGAGAAAGCCGCCUUCUUCCUGGACGCAGCCGUCGCGGCGCGCAGCACCAGCAAGGCCGGCGUGGACGAGGAGGAGCGACGCAAUUCCCACAUGCUGUUCACAUUGCACAUUUACCAGUACCGCAUGGAGAAGAGUGGCAAGGGAGGAAUGUCGGGAGGACGGAGCAGGCUGCACCUUAUUGACCUGGGGAGCUGUGAGAAGAUCCUGAGCAAAAGCCGAGAUGGAGGCGGGGGCUUGUGUCUGUCUCUAAAUGCUUUAGGAAAUGUCAUCAUGGCUUUAGCUAAUGGAGCUAAACAUGUACCUUACAGGGACAGUAAGCUGACAAUGCUGUUGCGGGAGUCUCUUGGCAACAUCAACUGCAGAACCACCAUGAUCGCCCACAUCUCCGAUUCCCCCGCCAACUAUGCUGACUCACUCAACACCAUCCAGCUGGCAUCGCGCAUCCACCGCAUGAGGAAGAAGAAAUCCAAGUAUGCGUCCAGCUCCUCUGGAGGAGAAAGCUCUUGUGAGGAAGGAAGGAUCCGCCGGCCGCCACACCUCAGGCCCUUCCACCCACGGACUGUAGCCCUGGACCCAGACUUACCGUCGCUGCUCAGUGAUCCAGAUUACUCUUCCAGUAGCGAGCAGUCCUGUGAUACUGUCAUUUACGUGGGCCCCGGAGGAGCUGCGAUCUCAGAUAGGGAGCUUAGUGAUAACGAAGGCCCACCUGCCUUUGUUCCAAUCAUCCCCUCCCUGAACAAAAAGAAAUCUGCAAAAGAGGGACCUCUUGACAGAGACCACUUCUUCAAGUGUAACACAUUUGCUGAGCUGCAGGAGCGAUUAGAGUGUAUAGACGGCAGCGAAGAGCCCACUGCUUUUGUGGGAGAGAGCAAGAGAAGCCAGGCUAGUCCUAAGACCGACAAAUCCAAGGAGAGCCAAGGCUCUGUUUCACCAAAGACUGUAGCAAAUAUUUCUUACAGCCAAGAGGGCGUCUCACCCAAACAAUCUCCAAAAUCUAUUGCCACACAAUCAUCUUGCGGUUCAAACAAUAAAUUUAGUUUGGACUGUGCUCAGAGGCAAUGCAUACCUGCAGAAAAGACCCCUUCAGAGAGCGUUCAAAAUGUAUGCAGAACCAGUGCUGAUGGUGAGAAGGCUCUGGUUGCAGAAAGCCAAGUCGGUGCAACCAACACUACAUCCACUGGAGAGACAAACUCUGAGCCUGUGGUGAGGGAGAAAGUCUACUUCAACAAGAAGGUCCUGCCAAAGCCCGCCCCACCUCCGUCACAGCAGAAUGAAAGAGCAGACAGCGAAGAGAGGUCCAGCACCAGAAUGCCACCUGUGGGAAUGAGCCACCAAGCCGUGAAAAGGAGGGAUCCAUGCACGUCCCCUCUGCUCAGAGCGCCAGUGGAGGUGUGCCAGGUGCGCUCCACCUUGAGGGAACGGUGUCUGGAUCGGGACAUCCUUAGAGCCACUGUCACCUUGCAACAGCCCGUGGAACUGAAUGGAGAGGAUGAGCUAGUGUUCACCGUGGUGGAGGAGCUCUCUAUUGGUGGGAUGGUGGAAAGGGGCAGGCCAUCCAGCAUUAUCAGCUUUAACAGCGACUGCUCCCUGCAGGCCCUGGCCUCUGGUUCUCGGCCGGUCAGCAUUAUCAGCAGCAUUAACGAUGAGUUUGACGCCUACACGUCAGCUGUGGGUGGGUCCGAGGUGAACAUUGCAGUAGUCACACCUCUUCAAGAGGGUGUAACGGAAUGUGUAGACAGCAGAGGUUCGUCUAUCAGCUCCUGGUUGAGUGAGGUCAGUGUCUGCACCCUAGAGAGCGAAGGGGUUCAUUCUACAGACGUCUUCCUCCCACAAGCCAAACACCUGGGACCAGAGGCCACCUUUUACUUUGAUUCACUGGACAUGUUCCACUGUGUAUCCUCUCCUAGAGACGCCAAGAACUCCUUAAAUGACAGUGGGUUUAGUUUUUCUGAACAAGACAGUGACAGUGCCACUUCAAGCAAACUGUCCUUGACUAAGUGCCCGCCAUCUCCCGAAUCAGCCAGCGGCUCCUUCAGAUUCACAUCUAAAAUAACGAAGGCUCACUCACUAAGCUCCUCUCAGCUUCCACAGGGCUCCUCCAUAGUCCACUCUAGUCUUCCUAGGAAGAUUAAACCUACCUCAUCCAUCUCUCAUAGCAGUAGCAGUAGCAGCAGUAGGAUCAGAGAGCCGCAAAGGCACGAGGCCAAACAGGAAGAUCCUUGGCAGCGCGCUGAAAACCAUUCAGAACCUCAGCUUGCUGAGUCUAGCAUCACCAGCAAAUUUCUAAGAAAUCCUCACAGCGGCAACUCUUCCAGCAAAACAUCCAACAACAGCAACAGUGUACCUCGCCCAUCCAAGGCACUGGGGUCUACCUCAUCCCAGCGGGUGGUCGAUGGCUGUGAGAAGUCAGCCAGUAAGACCCCACCCAGCAGAAUGCCUCAACUGAGACGAGGUGCCACCACCCUGGGAACAGUACCAGUCAUCCAUUCCUCAUCAGAUCACAAGGGAGCCCCAGAUAUUAUCGCUUCUACCACAAGCCUUAAAUUUUCCUCUCUGGGGAAAAACAACAAGGCUAACUCACAGAAAACAAGUAAUAUCCCUAAGCCUGGUUGUACCUCACCUCCUCCACCACCAGUGAGAAAGUCCAGUCUUGACCAUAAGACUAAGAACCUGUUGCCCCAAAGUGCCUUAAAGUCACCAUAUGGCGAACCAGGAAGAGUCUCUGGGGUGAGGGCAGCUGUGUCAGAGGAUGAGCUUGAGGUACGUCAUAGAGUUGACUCUACCAGUUUCAAAACCGCCAGCCUCAAUACAGCCAAAGUUACCUCCAGCCUGAAGACCAGAGGGCCUAAAGGGGAAACUGGGCAGCAUUAUGGCAGUCAGAUGUCACUGGAAAGGUGUGAUAGCCUCUCCCUGUCAGGUUCCAGAGCAGCGCUCAGUCGCGAGAACAGCGGGGCGAGUCUGGGGAGCAACAGUAGCAAAUCCAGUAGGUCCAUUGCGAGAUGUGGUAUUCCUAAUUCUUCUAGUUCUCCUAUAGCCACUUGCCCGUCAUCCCCAGCUGGAGGAAGCAUCGGCAAAUCUGGUCAGGUAAAAGCGUCUGUCACUCCCAGAGCAAUAGGAGCAGUCAAUGGUAGCAAGGCACGCUCACUGUCAGCCAACAACUCCAAAGGCCUCAGCUCCUCCACCAAGUCUCUGGCCGCUCCUGUGACCAGGAACACCAACGCCAACCUUCCUCCAUCCGGACGGACGUCGGCCCCUCGGACCGCCACGCCCGUCAGCAGCAAGCCCGGGAGGGGGACCAUCAUGGGCACGAAGCAGGCCAUGCGGGCUGCUAACAGCCGCGUGAGCGAACUGGCAACCGGCAGCAUUUCUGGCAAACACAUGAGAGGGUCUGCAGAUUCAGACAGCGGGAACGACAGCGGAGCAAAUGUGAGCGAGGACAAAGCCCCCGUGGCCAUGCUGCCUUCUCCCUACAGCAAAAUCACAGCUCCCAGGCGGCCCCAGCGCUACAGCAGCGGACAUGGAAGCGACAACAGCAGCGUGCUGAGCGGGGAGCUCCCUCCGGCGAUGGGCCGCACGGCCCUGUUCUACCACAGCGGUGGCAGCAGUGGCUAUGAAAGCAUGAUCCGUGACAGCGAAGCCACGGGCAGCGCUUCCUCUGCCCUCGACUCCAUGAGCGAGAGCGGCAUGUCGUCUUCAGGCAGAACGAGAAGCUCCAAGUUCCCCAAGAAGAGAGCAAAUGGCUUCCAGAGAAGACGGCUGAUUCCGGCACCCCUGCCAGACACCUCCUCCCUGGGGAAGAAGGCCAGCUCGGCGGGUCAGUGGGUGGACUUGCCUCCGAUGUCCGGCCCGCUGAAGGAGCCCUUUGAGAUCAAGGUGUAUGAGAUCGAUGAUGUGGAACGGCUCCAGAGGCGACGUCAGGAAGAAGCCGCAGAGCAGCCUUUCCAGGAUGUUGACAAGGGCCUGCUAUAUUUUAAUAGUAAACUAAAGAUGCUGGAGAGAAGGCAACAACAAGUGAAGGAACUUAGAGUAAAGCAUGAAACAUUAUUGGAGGAGCUGGAGGACACCAAGGCCCGUCUGAUGAUGGAUCCCAGCAAGUGGAUAGGAGAAUUUGAAGUGGACCAGAAUCUGGAUAAAGAGUCCCCAGAGUACCUGGAGGCCUUGGUGCAGGCCACAGAGGAGCUGGAGUUCUGUGUCAACCUGUGCAAGUCCCGUGUAAUGAUGGUGACCUGUUUCGACAUCAGCAUGCCAGCAUGUGGCCCGAUGGAGGGACUGCGCGAAGUCGAGGUCUGAGGACAAAAGAAAGUUGAGGUGAAGAAUUGAGGAAGUGCGACGAAGGAUGAUGUGAUGUAGCUGCCAGUGCAUAGGAACCACUGGAAUGAAGAACAAGCGACAGAGAUGCGGUAGGAGUGGAUCUUUGCAUGGAAACAGAGGAGAUCUAAACCUUCUAGCUACAGUGCCUCGCUGUCCAGGACUUGGUUUCAGUGGUGGAGAAAUGAAAUGUGAGCACAAAUGCUGUUGCCUGUAUGGCAAGGAAGUGGCCAUCACUUACUUAAGAGUCAAUGAACAACACCUGGAAGUGCCUUUUUUUAUUGUUCUGUUUUGAGUCAUUAUUUUUCAUAUGGUGCAGGUAUCUUGAGCGUACCUAAGCAAACCCUGAACAUAUUGCUUUUCAGAAAAAAAUUUUAUAUUGCAUUGUAUAGUGUAUUUAUAAGACUAUGUUGUGUGUACAAAUAUCUUUUUAAGGGGAAAAAAUAAAUUAGCAAUAAGCUAAUGUUAUUGCGCUCCCAGACUUUGCCUUUUCUCUUGUUUCAAACCUCAGUCAGCAUUUUAUUCAUGGUCAUUCCACCUCUUGCGCCUUAUGUUCACUCUCUGGCUCUGUAGUUUUCUAGAUUUUCAAAUUAGACUUUGUUAGUUCAUCAAGGACUGCAUUCGCUGUUGUCACUCAAAGCCUGCCAGCUGUUCUGUGAAAGCUCGCGUGGUUGAGUGCCUUUUUUUUUACCCUCCAGUUGCCUUGAUCACAGUGGGUCUCAGUGGAUGCGCUAAGGUGGAGCACCCGUCACGUUGGGGGAUGCAGAGCUAUUUCAAGCUGUGCUUGUCCAUCUUUAACAUACUGAAAAUCAGAGAUUAAGCCAAAACAUAUCAUUCAGAGGGCUGCUGUGAUGGAUAGUGAAUGGUUCUGCUUAAUUUAUCCACUCUCUCUGCUGCUCAGUAUGUGGUCAUGCACCCCUGAGACUUAACCUUGUCUACACUAGUCUAUGGGAAUGAUCAAUGCUUACACUCCUGGCAGUGGCAUCAGUGGUGAUCAGUGGUGAUCAGCAAACUUAACUUCUCUCUUCUCCUGAACUGGGGUCUGUAUAUAAACUUUAAAACAUGGCCUCCUAUACUGUUUCUUCAAGCGCUAUCAAGCCUCUGCACUAUGCAUUCCAAUACAUUUACUGCAGACUCUGUAGGAACCUCAACACCACUAACUGUAAGGGCAAUACCACAGUUUGGCCUCUUAAUGUAUGUCCCCUGAUCCCUUCUCUAAAUGGGCAAAUUAAAUAAGUGGAUCCUGUGUCUCAAACCUACACUCAAGAAUCAUAAGAGGAUUGAGUGAAUAAGAGGCACUGAUUAUGUCAUUAUUCAGCAAAAUCAAUCAUUAUCAGCUGACAGAGUGUGUUUGUUAUGACUCAAACCGCUUACAUGACUGGUGAAAAUGAAAGAAACAAACUGGUUUUGUUGUAUUUGGUGUGUUUGAUUUUUACGGUAUAUUAUGAUAAAGAUGACUUUUCUUUCUUUAAUUUUACAAAGAUGUACUCUCUCAGGCCCUCUCUGAAGAUGCUGCAUGAGAUUUUUUUAACCAUUUUUAAUAAUAAUUUCUAGUCCAUUUUUAAUUUUUUACAAUAGCUUCACGUUGGGUAAAGCUCAUACCUUAAAUACCUAUUACCAAACCAAGACCCUUUUUUCAAGAAAUGAUUAUAUGUGAGGUCAUAUUUCAUAUCAAAACUCAUAUUUUCGAAUAUCUUUGUUUUUGUAUAGGAUCCCUGUGUAAAAAAUGUAUAAUAAUGGCAGCUUGUGUUUUACUUUUACAGUUCUUGUGAAUAAAAUGUUUCUUCUUA